AUAUUUUUCACUGAUUUCGCAAAACUAUGUGCACUUCCAUAAAUAAGAAUUCUCCACAAUGCCACAGUAUAUUGUCACUUGUAAAAAAGUGGUGCUGGAAUUUUUUUCGAUGUAUGGUUGUACACCUGCAUUUUCUCUUUGAUAAUAUCAUAGACUUUGCUUUUGGCAUGUACUAUGAUAAGAAAGCAAAGAAGGUACCACCAGUGAAGAAUAAGAUAUUAUUAGAAAGUGCUGUUUCUUUAGCAGAAAAGAUUAGAACGAAAAAGGUUACAUCAGAAGAGAUUGUGAAAGCUUAUAUUGAAAGAUGCAAGGAAGUAAAUGAUUUGAUAAAUGCAAUCGUGGAAUGUAGAUACUCAGAUGCAAUUGAAGAGGCAAAAGCAGUGGAUACCAUGAUAGAAAAAGGUGUGGAUUUGGAGAAAAUAAGAAUAACGCAGCCAUUCUUGGGAGUACCUUUUACCACAAAGGAAAGCAAUCGUGUUAAAGGUUUAAUUCAUUCUAUUGGUCUACUUAGUCGUCGUAAUCAUCGAGCAGAAGAAGAUGCCACAACAAUUCGUUACUUCAAAGAAGCCGGCGGGAUUCUAAUUGCUACAACCAAUAUUCCUGAGCUUCUUUUGUGGACUGAAUCAAGAAAUAACGUUUAUGGACAGACAAAUAAUCCUUAUAAUACCACUAGGACUGUCGGAGGCAGUAGCGGAGGAGAUGCGGCCAUCGUAUCAGCGAGUGGUGCUCCAUUUUCCGUUACUAGUGAUAUAGGAGGCUCUACAAGAAUGCCUGCGUUCUUUAAUGGUUUAUUCGGCCAUAAACCUAGUGAAGGAUUGACUCCAAUGGCUGGAGUCGGAUUGCGCGAAAAAGAAUAUCCAGACACUAUGUGUACAGUUGGACCGCUCUGUAGAAAGGCUGAAGAUCUGACACCCUUUUUGAAGAUACUAGUCGGUCCUAAUGUGACUAAAUUAAAGCUAGAUGAGUCGGUCAAUGUAAAGAAUUUAAAAGUAUUCUACCAACGAAGCUCUGGUGAUUUGAGAGCAAGCAAAAUAAAUAAUACCAUGCGAGCUACAUUAAUGAAAGCAGUGCAACAUUUUAAAGAACUAACUGGUUCUGCAACAAAGAUAAAAAUACCAGGUUCUGAAUAUAGUUUCAAACUGUGGAGAUAUUGUAUGAGUUGCGAGGAUAUUAAUUUCAAGCUGAACAUAACGAAUCGAAAAUAUGUCUCUAGUGCGAGUGGAGAAAUUUACAAUUUACUCACUGGAAACUCACAGAUAACGUUGGCUGCUAUUAUGAAAUUAAUGGACGAAGAUUUUCUUCCGCGGGAGGACGCUGAAUGGGCAAAAAAUGUUAUUGCAAAAGCGAAACAAUUUUUAGCGGAGAAAUUGAGUGAUAAUGGAGUAUUGUUUUAUCCUUCGGCACCGUUUCCUGCUAGCUAUCAUUAUUCCGCAUUUUUAAGACCCUUCAACUUCGGAUACUGGUGUCUGUUUAAUGUUUUGAGAUUCCCAACGUGCCAAGUGCCAUUGGGUUUGGAUGAACAGGGCUUGCCAGUCGGUAUUCAGGUGGUUGCAGCUCCAUUCAACGAUCAUCUAUGCUUUGCGGUGGCUAAAGAACUUGAAACAGCAUUCGGUGGUUGGGUUCCUCCAUCAUGAGAAACAUAAUAAUUAAGCUGUUUACUGGCGUCAAAUGUAAUUAUACAGUUUAGUUAUAAUAUUUCAAAAAUCCAUAAAAUUAAGCUUACUCGAUGCAUUUAUGCAGGAAACGAAAGAAUUUGACAGAAAUAAGCGUUUUGUCUCAAGGACCGAGAUAUUAAGCAUUAAAAAGUUGACGACUAUUGAAGUUAAAAAAUCUGUUACAGCUGCGAAAUGUAAAUACUGAGACGCGAACUAGAAUCCAACCAUAAUUUCAAUUUCAGAAAUCAAAAGAAAAUUUCAAUAAGUUUAUAUGAAAAAAAUCAC